AUGGCCACACCAGGCAUGGCCAAGUCGGCCUCCUCGACCAGUCUCAGUCAACACCGUCCCUCGUCAAGUGUGAUCGAGACCUAUGUCGUCGGGACACGCACCUGGCACGAGGACAGGACCUCGGGCUGGAUCGCGGGCCAGGUCACCGCGAGCUCACUCGACGACAGCCACGAACACGUCCAGCUCGAGUUUGAGACAGAGGCGGGCCAGGUCAGUGCGCACAGCCGCGUUCUUUACGGAGUGCCGUUCCUACUUUAUGGAUGCGAUCCGAGACUUGGCUCUGCGCUUGCGAAAUCACCGGGCGGAGCUAUACACACGCCCAUUGCAGGGGGGCACGACAGGUCAGGCCGUACGCCGCGCGCGACGUGUGUCUCGGACGAGUAGACGACCGAGCAUCGCACGAGGGCCGGUAGCACAAGGAAUAACCCACGGAGAUCAGGAGCAUGUACCAUGCAUCACUCGUCAUGCCUAUGCCCCCGUCCUCCCGUCUAUUGCCCCGCUCGCUCCGUCAUUGGCCGCGGUGGCGCUCGUCGAUGCUCGUGCAUAUUGUCGCGUCCCAAUCGCCGCUAGCCAAGAAUCCUGGCCAAAGUCCUCAUCAUCGCAUAGCAGCGCACCUGUUACUCGUCGAAAACUAAACUAUUCCCCCUAUAUUGUCUCACACAUAGAUAAUCAAAGUCUCGACUUCCCUUUCCGCCUUGUCCCGGGCUAGCGCCUCCGACACGACCUUGCCGCCUCUGCGGAACCCUCCUUUGCUCGAAGCAACCGAGGAUCUAACCAAUCUCAGUCACUUGAAUGAACCUGGAGGUACGAUUCGGCGUCCCUCCCAAAUCGUCUGCGCCAGCCGGGCUGACCAAAACUGGCUGCGCACCCCCCCCAGUUCUUCACACAAUUUUGCAUCGAUACUCGCUGAGACAGAUCUACACCUACUCCGGUAUCGUACUCGUCGCCGUCAACCCGUUCUCAUCCCUGUCCGUCUACGCGCCUUCGAUCGUCCAGGCUUACGCGGGACGAAGAAAGGGCGAGCUCGAACCCCAUUUGUUCGCCAUCGCCGAGGAUGCGUACCGCUGCAUGGCCGGCAACAAUGGCGAGGCCGGUGGGAACCAGACCAUCAUCGUCAGUGGUGAAUCCGGUGCGGGAAAGACCGUCUCGGCCAAGUAUAUCAUGCGCUACUUUGCGACAGUCGAGGAUCCCCUCAAACCCGGCAAACGCAAGACGUCAACGACGAGUGGCAUGUCCGAGACGGAGGAGCAGAUCCUCGCGACGAAUCCGAUCAUGGAAGCGUUCGGUAACGCCAAGACCACGCGCAACGACAACUCGUCGCGCUUCGGCAAAUACAUUGAGAUCCUGUUCGACGGCGAGCAGACGAUCGUCGGUGCCCGCAUCCGCACCUAUCUGCUCGAGCGAUCGCGUCUCGUUUACCAACCCGAGACGGAGCGAAACUACCACAUCUUUUAUCAACUGCUCGCUGGCGCGCCGAGCUCGGAGCGCAAGAAUCUCGGCUUGAAGGCCGCGUCGAACUUUGCGUACCUCAAUCAGGGUGGAGCCCCGAGUUAUGCGAUUCCGGGUGUCGAUGAUGCGGAAGAGUUCCGAGCGACGCAAAAGGCUCUGUCGACGGUCGGCAUCACGAUUGAAAGGCAGUGGCAGAUCUUCAAAUUGCUUGCUGCUCUGUUGCAUCUCGGCAACAUCAAUAUCACUUCUUCGCGAACGGACGCCCUGCUUGAUGACGAGGACAAGUCGUUGGAGUUCGCGACCCGUUUGCUCGGAAUCGACAAGGCCGAGUUCAAGAAAUGGAUCAUCAAGAAGCAGAUCGUAACGCGCACGGACAAGAUUGUGUCGAAUCUUAACGCGGCCCAGGCCAACGUCGUCAAGGAUUCCGUGGCCAAGCACAUCUACGCGUCCAUGUUCGAGUGGCUCGUCGCGGUCGUGAACGAAUCGUUGACGAAUGAGGCUGUCGAGGCCAAUGUCAAGAGCUUCAUUGGUGUCUUGGUGAGUUCUGCGCCGCGUUACCUGGCUAGCUCGCCCUUGUCGGCUUCGCUGACACUUGGCACAUCAUAUGCCCCUUAGGAUAUCUAUGGGUUCGAGCACUUUAAAAAGAACAGCUUUGAACAGUUCUGCAUCAACUACGCCAACGAGAAGCUUCAGCAAGAGGUAGGCGCUCAGAUCUAGAGAGCGUGUGUUGGCAAUCCUCGCUGAUCAGCGCCGCCGUCUUGAACCAGUUCAACGCGCAUGUCUUUAAACUCGAGCAAGAAGAGUACAUCCGCGAACAGAUCAACUGGACGUUCAUCGACUUUUCCGACAACCAGCCCACAAUCGACCUCAUCGAGGGUAAGCUCGGUAUCCUCAGUCUGCUCGACGAAGAGUCUCGUCUCCCUUCAGGAUCGGACGCCAACUUUGUCCAGAAGCUGUACACGACCGUCGGGGCCAAGCCGGAGACGGCUUCGAGUGUCUUCAAGAAGCCCCGCUUCGGUUCAACAGCGUUCACGAUCGCCCACUACGCUUUGGACGUAACCUACGAGGUUGAGGGCUUCCUGGAGAAGAACAGGGAUACCGUGCCGGAUGAGCACUUGGUGUUAUUAUCGACCACGACCAACUCGUUCCUCAAGGAGGUGUUGGAUCGCGCUGAUGCGGCCAAGAUCGCCGCUCAAGCUCAGGACAAGCCGGUCGAACGACCGGGCUCGGCCCUUGGGGACGUGGCGAACAAACGAGCGAGCGUGGCGGGUGCUCCGGGUGGAGGAGCGAUGAAACGAGUCGGCGCGACGGCGCGCAAGCCGACACUGGGCUCGAUCUUCAAGCUGUCACUGAUCAGCCUGAUGGACACGAUCGACUCGACGAACGCGCAUUACAUUCGGUGCAUCAAGCCGAACGAGGCCAAGCGGGCUUGGGAGUUUGAGCCGCAGAUGGUCUUGGGCCAAUUGAGGGCUUGUGGUGUGCUCGAGACGAUCAGGAUCAGUUGCGCUGGGUACCCGACAAGGUGGACCUUCGCUGAGUUCGCUGAACGGUGAGUCUACUAGUUUGUAUUCAAUCCUAUGAUCCUCGAGACUGAACCACUUCCCACCGCUUGCGCUCUUAAAGGUACUACAUGCUGGUCAACUCGCGCGUUUGGGGGACGGAGAGUCGGGAAAUGUGCAAGCAGAUCCUCGAGACCUCGAUCAAGGAAGAGGACAAGUACCAAGUCGGAUUGACCAAGAUCUUCUUCCGCGCCGGUCUGCUCGCCCGCUUCGAGCAGUUGCGCUCGCAACGACUGAACGCGCUCGCGACGCUGAUGCAGAAGAAUGUAAGGCGUCAUCAGGCCCUCAAGUCGUACCAGAACUUGAGGCGCGCCGUCAUUGGAACGCAAGCGCGAUGGCGUGCGACGUUGGCACGCCGUGCCGCGGAGAAGGAGCGCCGGGAUCGAGCCGCCGUCAUCAUCCAGAGCAACAUGCGCGGUCACUUGCAGCGCUUGCGAUUCGUCAGGGCACGACAUGCGAUCGUCGCGGUUCAAGCUAUCGCUCGCGCCACGCUCGUGCGUCGAGCGUUCAAGCAGGAGCGUAUUGAGGCGGCCGCUGUGCGACUGCAAUCGCUCGUUCGUGGUAUGUUCGUGCGCCGCCAGACUCGACAAGAUCGCCGUCGCAUCGUGCUGCUUCAAUCGUGCGUGCGCCGACGAGCUGCGCAGAAGGAACUGCAGGGUCUCAAGACGGAGGCGCGCUCGGUCGUGCACUUCAAGGAGGUGUCGUACAAGCUCGAGAACAAGGUCGUCGAGCUGACGCAGACGCUGCAGAGGCGCACGGGCGAGAACCGCGAGUUGGCGAACAAGCUCAAGGCCUUGGACGCCCAACUCGCCGGAUGGGUCGCCAAGCACGAAGAGGCCGACACCAAGGCCAAAUCGUUGCAGGCCGAGCUCGACAAGCCGACGGUCGCUUUGCCCGAGUAUGAGGCCCUCGAACAGCAACGCAAGGCCCUCGACGAGCAGUUGCAAGCCGCACAAAAGAAGAUUGUCGAGCACGAGCAGGAGAUGCAGAAGGCGAUUGCGCAGCAUGCCGCACAGGUCAAGGAGCUCGAGGCGACGCAUGUGACGCUCAAAGAAUCGUUGGCCAAAGCCAGUGAUGAUUCGACGACCGUCUCGGGCUUGAGGAGCGAGAUCGCUUCCUUGCGCGAGCAGUUGACCAGGCAGGUCGCGCUCGCGAAUGCCAACAAGGCCGUCCGACCGGAAGGGACCAACUUCAACAUGGCGACGGGCGCUUCGCGAGGCCUCGAGAACGGUGCAGGCGGCGUGCCCAUGGCCGCCGUGGGAAGUCUUUCACCCGCAGGUCUUCCGGGGACAGCGAAGCGAAGACAGCGACGUCACAGCGACGUCACCGCCGACCACUCGCCGAUUCCGGAGGAGACGGAUCGAUGGGAGGCGCCCCGGCCCGUGUCGGUCGCUUACCCGCAGGAGAAUGGAUUCGCCAAACGAACGGGCACGAAGGGCUACCUACCCGAAGUGUACGACGAUCCGGCCGAAGAGAUAAUGCGGCUGCUCGAGGAGGAAGAGCCGCUCGACGAAGACGUCCUGUCCGGCAUCAUCCGCCACCUCAAGAUCCCCGGUGCUAACUUGCAGACCCCGCCAUCGCCGAAGGAGGUUCUCUUCCCUGCGCACUUGAUCAGUUUGGUCACGAACGAGAUGUGGAAGUAUGGUAUGAUGAGAGAAAGCGAAAGGUUCUUGGCCAACGUCAUGCAGACCGUUCAGCAGCACGUCAUGGUAAGUUUCGCUACGAGGGAUGGCAGCCAUUGCUUGGAGACAACAGCUUACUGAGCCCGUGCCAACGUGACUCCCACAGAGCUUCCAAGGCGACGACGUGAUUGUACCCGGCAUCUUCUGGCUCUCAAACGUCCACGAGAUCCUUUCGUUCGUCUGCAUCGCAGAGAGCGACAUCUUGCAGGGCAUUGGGCCCGGGGGUGAUGGCAUCGGCCGCGAGUACGAGUGGGACGACUACGAACGCCUCGUCACGAUCGUCAAGCACGACCUUGACAGUCUCGAAUACAACAUCUACCAUACAUGGAUGCAAGAGACGAAAAAGCGACUGCACCGCAUGGUCAUCCCCGCCUUGAUCGAGUCGCAGUCCUUGCCGGGCUUCGUGACGAGCGAAGGUUCGGGACGGCUGUUCGGUCGCUUGGUCGGUGGUGGUGCCGCGUCGACGCCGGCGUUCAGCAUGGACGAUAUCCUCAACUUGCUCAACAAGGUGUGGAAGAGCCUCAAGUCGUACUACGUCGAGCACAGCGUCGUGCAACAGGCUGUGACGGAGUUGCUCAAGCUCAUCGGCGUCUCGAGCUUCAACGACCUCUUGAUGAGGCGCAACUUCUCGUCUUGGAAGCGGGCGAUGCAGAUCCAAUAGUGAGUCAAGCUUAUGACCAUAGGAAAGUAUGGAUUCUGAUCUAGCUUGACUUUGACUCCACAGCAACAUCACACGGUUAGAAGAGUGGUGCAAGUCGCAUGACAUGCCCGAAGGCACAUUGCAACUCGAACACCUGAUGCAAGCGACCAAGCUGCUGCAGCUCAAGAAGGCGACGCUCGCCGACAUCGACAUCAUCUACGACGUGUGCUGGAUGUUGACACCGACGCAAAUUCAAAAAUUGAUCGCCAACUACUACGUCGCGGACUACGAGAACCCGAUCUCGGCCGAGAUAUUGCGCGCCGUCAACUCGCGCGUCGUCGCUGGUGAUAAAAACGAUCAUUUGCUCUUGCCGCCUGAGGUCGAGGAGGCGGGUCCUUACGAGGUACCGCUACCGCGUGAGGUGACGGGUAUCGAGACUUAUGUCCCCGCUUGGUUGAAUGCGCCUCAUCUGCGUGGACUGGUCCAACUCGUUUCGGCAUCGUAA